GACUAGGCCGCUGGAGCAUCCCGCACCCAUCCUCCUGUAUAUCCAUCUGGGCCUCGCUCCUCCCUCCCUCCCUCCCUCCUCCAGUCUCCCCACUCGCGUUUCUAAUUGACGCACCGCUGCGUUCAGCACUCCAGCCCACCCAGAGCUGCUGCUGAGGCUGAAUCUCUCUCUCUCUCCCUCUUCCCGGCGGAUUCUCCAUGUAUGGAUGCGCUAAGGAAAGGGAUGCUGUAGGCUGACCAAAGACAGAGAGAAAGACUUAGAAAAAAAAAUCAUCACAGGCUGCUGAGGAGAUUGAAGAAGGAGGGACUGGAGGAUACUGGCGCUGUUUUGAAUGGGCAGAGGAUUCACCCUCCGCGGCCGUCGAGUGUGAGUUGCUGAGGUUCCAGGUGUGUGUCUGUGUAGCCACACAGAUCUUCAGCUCUUCUGCUCACCCACACACCCACCUGCAACAUGGCGGGGGCUUCGGUCAAGGUGGCGGUGAGGGUCCGACCCUUUAACUCCAGAGAGAUGGGGAAGGACAGCAAGUGCAUCAUUCAGAUGUCAGGAAACACCACAACGAUCCUGAACCCCAAACAGCCGAAAGAAAAUAAGAGUUUCAACUUUGACUAUUCUUACUGGUCACACACCACGCCCGAGGACAUCAACUAUGCUUCACAGAUGCAGGUGUACAAGGACAUCGGGGAAGAGAUGCUGCUUCAUGCCUUUGAAGGCUACAACGUGUGUAUAUUUGCAUACGGCCAGACAGGAGCGGGAAAAAGCUACACCAUGAUGGGGCGACAGGAGCAAGACCAGCAAGGAAUUAUACCUUUGCUGUGUGAAGACCUUUUCACCAAGAUCAGUGACAGCAAUAAUGAGAACAGCAUGUCUUACUCUGUGGAGGUGAGUUAUAUGGAGAUCUACUGUGAGCGCGUUCGUGACCUACUGAAUCCCAAGAACAAAGGAAACCUUCGUGUCAGAGAGCACCCUCUGAUGGGUCCCUACGUUGAAGAUCUGUCCAAGCUUGCGGUCACGUCAUACAACGACAUCCAGGACCUGAUGGACUCUGGAAACAAGGCCAGGACUGUGGCUGCAACCAACAUGAACGAGACCAGCAGCCGCUCCCACGCCGUCUUCAACAUCAUAUUCACCCAGAAGAAACACGACAUGGAGUCGGAAAACACAUCUGAAAAGGUCAGCAAGAUCAGUCUGGUGGACCUGGCUGGCAGCGAGAGAGCCGACUCAACCGGAGCUAAAGGAACCAGACUGAAGGAAGGAGCAAACAUCAACAAAUCUCUAACGACACUGGGGAAAGUUAUCUCAGCUCUUGCUGAAGUGGACUCUGCACCAAACAAGAACAAGAAAAAGAAGAAGGUGGAGAGUUUCAUCCCCUACAGAGAUUCAGUUCUGACUUGGCUACUGAGGGAAAACUUGGGAGGAAACUCUCGUACAGCCAUGGUGGCUGCCCUGAGCCCUGCUGAUAUUAACUAUGAUGAGACCCUCAGCACCCUCCGAUAUGCUGAUCGUGCAAAACAGAUCCGCUGUAACGCUGUGAUUAACGAGGAUCCCAACAACCGUCUGGUGCGUGAGCUGAAAGAUGAGGUGGCUCGCCUCAGAGACCUGCUGUACGCACAAGGCCUGGGAGACAUCAUAGAGAACCUGUGCGAUUACAAGAACUUUGUGAAUAAUCGCCAGGCUGUCAAUCAAAGGGGUGAUCUCUCCACAGUGUCCAAUGCCAUGACAGGAAUGAGUCCCUCCCCCUCGCUCUCGGCCCUGUCCAGUCGUGCCGGGUCCAUCAGCAACCUCCACGACCGCAUCUUCAGCCCGGCCAGUGAGGAGGCCAUCGAGAGGCUCAAGGAAACUGAGAAAAUCAUCGCAGAGCUCAAUGAGACAUGGGAGGAGAAGCUGCGACGUACUGAGGCCAUCCGUAUGGAUAGAGAGGCCCUGCUGGCUGAGAUGGGUGUCGCCAUGAGAGAAGAUGGAGGCACUGUGGGCGUCUUCUCCCCGAAAAAGACCCCUCAUCUGGUGAACCUGAACGAAGACCCACUGAUGUCAGAGUGUCUGCUGUACUACAUCAAAGAUGGCACCACCAAGGUUGGCCGUGAAAAUGCCAAGACUCGCCAAGACAUUGUUCUCAGCGGCCAUUUUAUCAAAGAUGAACACUGCACCUUCAGCAGCACCACAGGCCCUCAGGGAGAAGGAUGUGUCAUCCUGGAGCCAUGUGAGGGCUCAGAGACGUAUGUCAACGGGAAGAGAGUGACCUCUCCAACUGUUCUGCGGUCUGGGAACCGUAUCAUCAUGGGAAAGAGCCAUGUGUUUCGCUUCAACGACCCGGAGCAGGCUCGUCUGGAGCGAGAGAGGACGCCGUGCGCCGAGACGCCGGUCGAACCCGUCGACUGGGCCUUCGCUCAGAGAGAGCUACUGGAGAAACAAGGCAUCGACAUGAAGCAGGAGAUGGAGCAGAGGCUUCAGGAGCUCGAAGAUCAGUACCGCAAAGAAAGAGAAGAAGCCAGUAACCUGCUAGAACAGCAGAGGCUGGACUAUGAGAGCAAACUGGAAGCUCUUCAGAAACAAGUAGACUCUCGGUACUUGGAGUCUCCCGAAGAGGAAGAGGAGCCUGAAGAGGAAGUGCCGUGGACGGCGCGUGAGACAGAGUUGGCUCUGUGGGCGUUCAGAAAGUGGCGUUUCUACCAGUUCACCUCUCUCAGGGAUCUGCUGUGGGGCAACGCUAUCUUCCUCAAAGAGGCCAAUGCCAUCAGUGUGGAGCUGAAGAAAAAGGUGCAGUUCCAGUUCGUCCUGUUGACAGACACUCUCUACUCCCCCCUGCCCCCCGACCUGCUGCCCCCCUGUGUGGCCAAAGAGAGGGAGAGACGACCUUUCCCCCGAACUAUCGUAGCUGUUGAAGUCCAAGAUCAAAAGAACGGAGCCACACAUUACUGGACUCUGGAGAAACUCAGGCAAAGGCUGGACCUGAUGAGAGAAAUGUACGACCGUGCUGCAGAGCUCCCCAGCAGUGCUGUGGAGGACUGUGACCACGCUCUGACCGGAGGCGACCCCUUCUACGACCGCUUCCCCUGGUUCCGUCUGGUCGGCAGGGCUUUUGUGUACCUGAGUAACCUGCUGUACCCAGUGCCCCUGGUACAUCGUGUGGCCAUCGUCAGUGAGAAAGGAGAGGUGAAAGGCUUCCUCAGAGUGGCUGUGCAGGCCAUCUCAGCUGAUGAAGAGGCCCCUGAUUAUGGCUCUGGUGUGAGGCAGUCAGGCACUGCCAAGAUCUCCUUUGAAGACAAACAAUUUGAGAAGUUCCAGACUGAGUCGUGUCCUGGUGGUCUUUCCCACUCCAACACCUCCCAGGAGGAGCUGCGAAUUGUGGAGGGAGAAGGACAGAAUGCCGAUAUAGGAAUCUCUGCUGAUGAAGUCAACAACAACACCUGUCCAGCCACCCAGGAGGCUCCGCCAAGCCCAGUGAAGAGUUCAGGUCUGGGUCUGGAUCUUCCUCUGGACCUCUCCCCAGAGAAAGCUCUGUCCCACCUGAAGAUCGGCAGCACCUUCACCUUCAGAGUCACCGUCCUACAGGCUUCCAGCAUCUCGGCCGAGUACGCCGACAUCUUCUGCCAAUUCAACUUCAUCCACCGCCAUGACGAAGCUUUCUCCACUGAGCCGCUGAAAAACACGGGCAGAGGACCUCCGCUGGGCUUCUACCAUGUUCAAAAUAUCACAGUCGAGGUGACAAAGUCCUUCGUGGAGUACAUCAAGACUCAGCCCAUCGUCUUCGAGGUGUUUGGUCACUAUCAGAAACAGCCCUUCCCUCCCCUCUGCAAAGACCUGAUCAGUCCACUGAGACCUUCCAGGAGGCAGUUCCCCAGGGUGAUGCCCUUAUCCAAACCAGUGCCAGCCACAAAGCUCAGCACUCUGACUCGCUCCACCGCAGGACCUUGUCACGCCAAAUACGACCUUAUGGUCUUCUUUGAGAUCUGUGAGCUGGAAGCUAACGGAGACUACAUCCCAGCCGUUGUUGACCACAGAGGAGGGAUGCCCUGCCACGGCACGUUCCUCUUACAUCAGGGCAUUCAGAGGAGGAUCACAGUCACCAUCGCUCAUGAAACAGGAAAUGAUAUUGAGUGGAAAGAGGUGAAGGAGCUGGUUAUUGGUCGUAUCCGAAACACACCGGAGGCAGAUGAGACCAUCAUAGACCCUAACAUCCUUUCCCUCAACAUCCUGUCUUCUGGAUACUUCUGGCCGAAACACAACGACAACGUCUCCUUGGGAGUUGAUCAUAGAACUUUCUACCGAUUUGAGGCAGCAUGGGACAGCUCCAUGCACAACUCUCUGCUUCUGAACAGAGUCACUCCCUAUGGGGAGAAGAUCUACAUCACCCUCUCUGCUUAUCUAGAGAUGGAGAACUGCACUCAGCCAACAGUGAUUACCAAAGAUUUCUGCAUGGUGUUUUAUUCCCGUGACGCGAAGCUGCCGGCCUCUCGCUCCAUCAGAAACCUCUUCAGCACCGGCUGCCUCCGGCCCUCUGAGAGUAACCGUGUCACUGGAGUCUAUGAGGUCACCCUCUGCCAUGUAGCAGACAAUGGUAGUCCAGGCAUGCAGCGACGUCGCAGGCGUGUGCUAGACACCUCGGUGGCGUACGUCCGAGGAGAGGAGAACCUGGCUGGGUGGAGGCCUCGCAGUGACAGCCUCAUCCUGGACCACCAGUGGGAGCUGGAGAAACUCAGUUUGCUGCAGGAGGUGGAGAAGACCAGGCACUACCUGUUGCUGAGGGAGAAGCUGGAGGCGACUUUGCAGGCAGGACAGGAUGCGCUCUACAAGAGCAGCGACAUCAGCGAUUUUGCAAAGAGUCCUGUCCUCAGCCACAGUCCAGGCAGCAGCCCUGCACCCGACAGCCCCAACCAGAGGCAGAGAGAGCUGGCUGCCAAGUGUCUGCGUCUGCUGAUGCACACCUUCAACAGGGAGUACAGCCAGGUGAGCAGCAGUGCCAGUGAGAGCAAGCUUUCUGAGAUGUCUGCGUCGCUAAUGAGAGACUCCUCCUCGUCCGGACUGAGCACGCUCACUCCAUCCUCUACCUGCCCCUCACUGGUUGAGGGACAUUAUGACAUUAGACACACUGAACCCAGUUCAGGAGCUUCCACACCGGAUCUGGACCCGUACAGCCCAGUCGACAGAAAGAAAGCUCUCAGAGGAUGCACCUUUGUUCCUGACAUACAGGAGAUUCGAGUCAGCCCCAUUGUGUCAAAGAAAGGCUACCUGCACUUCCUGGAGCCCCACACCAGCGGCUGGGUGAAGCGUUACGUGGUGGUGCGUCGGCCCUACGUCUACCUGUACCGCAGCGAGAGGGACAGCGUGGAGAGAGCUGUCAUCAAUCUGUCGUCAGCAAAGGUGGAAUACAGCGAAGACAAACAGACCUUACUGCGGACUCCCAACACGUUUGCUGUGUGCACUGAGCAUCGUGGGAUACUGCUGCAGGCCACCAAUGACAAAGAGAUGCACGACUGGCUGUACGCUUUUAACCCUCUGUUAGCCGGCACCAUCAGGUCAAAGCUCUCCCGGAGAAAGUCGAUCCAGUCGGCCCCGCCUGCUCAGAGGAUGUGAGAGGUGAACCGGCCUGGUGGAAAACAACAAACAAACAAACAAAACAAUACAAUCUAAAAGCUCCACUCGUCAUCUUCCUCUAAUGAACAUAGACCAUAUGAACAAACACAUACAACCAUUUAAAUAACCUUGUAUAUGACGACCGUCCCAGUCCCAAACAUCACUCGAUCGCUCAUCCCAAGAAAACCUGUCCUUUCUCUGUUUUCUGCAGUCGCCACCUCAAAACCCUGCAUGGUGUGCUCCCUUUAGAAGAAACAUAAGGCAAACUAACCACCCAAACCUGUUAAUUAACUUACCUCUGCUGGGCAUUGGGACUAGUUCUGAUUAGUUUUCAUGUAGAACUCUGUCAUCUGUAAGGCUACCAGUUUCCUGUAGAAAGUUAGUACGUGGUCAGUCCCUCCUUCAUUCAUAAUAACUGAAAAUAAGUCCCCAGUUUUAAAUCAGCCAUUCAUGUAUUUCAAAAUAACGCCAUCAGGUGAGGGGAAAAAAAGAAAACAUCAAACUAGAUGUUUCUCUGUGUAAGUGCAGGGAUGAUAGCUCCACAAGCACCCAUCAUAUACUGUACAUUACCUCAGUUUGGAUAGGCUUGGUGCUCUACAGCAUAGAGUAUUUGUUUUACUGCAGAGGUUUCAGAAAGCAAACUGUCGUUUUAACAUUGAAGUAGCAUGAGGGAUUUGUUAGGACAAAAGGGUAUGUUGUUGUUCCUGUGUCGCUUUUUUUAACUGGGUCCAUGAAAACUGAGUUUGUUGAUUAGACAAAAUACUCCUUUUAUCAGGAGACUUAUGUCCUUGCCUUGUUUUCAGUAUGUGCUUCUUUUAUUUUAUUUUUUACAAUAACCUUGUACGUAUAAACAUAAAGAAUAAUGUUAUUUAUUGUUGCUAUUGUAGGUUCUCUGCACUGAUAUUUAUCUGUGACAGGACCACUGACCAGUUUUGUUGCAUGGCACUUUAUUGUCUUUAUUGAGUUAAUGUAUUGCAUCAUUUACUCAGUUUGUUUUAACCAAAGCAUUAAUUCCUUGCUUUAAUUGUUUCAAACCAUGGUCCACUGUGCAGUUGUGUUAGCAGACAUUUACGAUAUUAAAGAAACUGUUUUUAAUCAUUUUGGCAAAUACACGUAUUCACUUUCUUGCCAAGAGUUAGAUGAGACUAUUGUCAACGGUCUCUAUGGUGAAUAUGAAGCUACAGCAAGCAGCCGGUUAGCUUAGCUUAGCAUAAAUACUGGAAACAGGUAAACAGCUAGCUUGGCUCUGUCCAAAUGUAACAAAAUCCAGCUACCAUCACCUCUACCGCUGAGUAUUUAUUGUAUUAGAGCCAGGCUAGCUGUUUACCAGGUUUUUCCAGUCUUUAUGCUAUGCUAAGCUAACCGUGACUUUGGUGCAAACCAGUGUGUUAUAUCUUUGCAAGGUUGCAGUCUCCACACUGAUGUGUUGUUGAUGGGAGUUUCCCUCCCUCAGGGAACAUUGGUUUUAUGCAUAACCUCCACAUGUAACUUUUGGCAAGAAAGCGAAUAAGCGUAUUCCCAAAACGUUGAACUUUAUCUUCUAAUAACUACAACUAAUCAUUUAUACCCAAAUUGACCUAAGAUGUUUUACAUGAUGAAUACUCCAAGAGGACAACUGUACAGUAUGUGGAUAGUUUUAUUUUAAUUAAAUAAGCACUUAUUCUGUCUGUGAUGGGCCAGCAGAGUUGCUACGUUAAAAAUAAGUUUACUAUUGUCUAGUAGCUAAAUGGAAAGUUGUAAUUGACCAUGGACCUGAAAUCUGUUGAAGGCAGUUGCUUUGAGUGGGCAAGAGCGUUGUCCAUGCACCAGAUAGUGCCUCCCUUUCUUCACCUCGUUUUCUUCUCUCCCUCCUUCAUCACUGUCUUUGACAUAAACACUAAAAGUUAGUUACAUGUGUCCAAGAUUUAGCUUUUAUGUAGAGUAAAAGUAGAUGCUAGGGGUCUUUUUUUAUAUUGAUGAUCUAUGUCGAUGUUUUGGAGAGUGAAUAUUAUCAAUGAUGCUAUAUAGUAUGUUGGUAUAACCUAUAACAGUAUGGUACGGCGUAAAUCUCAUUAUCAUUGACUGUAAAUGUUGCAUUUAAAAGCAAUCCCCCUCUCAGCUUUUGUACUGUAGCUGCUAGAUAUUUGACAGCCUGAUGCUUGUGUCAGAAACCAGUACAGUAUGAUUAGCUUGGUGUUAUUAUGACUUUUAUGGGAUGGUUUCUAGUUGCUUUUACUUGCUAUAUGUUUUUUUGCACUAUACCAAGAUGACCCCAAAUGUUGGCUGGAAUUUGUAUUGUACUGUAUGAUUUGCAUUUAAAGGCAUAUUAUCUGUAUCUGUUGUCAUACCCCCUUCUUUUGUAAAUCUCUAUCAAAGACGUGGUCAGCCAACCAUUUUGUCUUUCCUGAUUUAUUCUCUUGUUUCUUGUCUGGUUGUAAUCAGUUUUUUUGUCAAACCUGACUUACAAUCAGUAAACGUAUUCAGGACUCUGCACGCCACAGGCCAACCAACCUGCUGAGCAAUGCAGCCUAAUACUUAAAAAAUAUGUUCAAAAUCUGACUACCACAAAGCUGGUUAUUUAGAUCUGUUGUUACUUGUGCCUUCUUUUAUUUUUAAAAUUAUGUUUUUUUUUUAUAAAUCAAUGGCAUUACAUUAUUUAUUUAUGGUCAUUUUUGGGUCAUCUUGGUAUAAUCAACUGUUUUGUAAAAUGCUAAUAGAUAUAUCCUAUAUGUUGUCUGCUGGAACAGAAGACGAAUGGAAAGUUUUAUUUAUAAAAAUUGAAAGAUGGAUUAUGUCCUUAAAAUAUAUUGCACUCAUGCACAAAGCAUCUUUAUUUACUAUGUUUUCGUAUGAUUAUGUUUUAAGAAUGUAUGGAUAAGCUUGGUUUGUGUUUAAAACAUAUAACAGCCCUGUCCUGACGGGAGGAGAAGAUUAGAUUCUGAAACUUUGCUAUUUUUGCUUCAGCAAUCAAACCACUAACAACACUGAACCAAAUUGCAUUUUUUUAUUUUAAGUUUCCGACUGGCAGAUGACUUGCAGUGCUUCUAACCCUAAUAGUUCACAGGUAUCAUGUUUGAAAAAAAAAAAAAAAA